CUCUCUCUCUCUGUUUUCUUCUCUCUCACUCUCUCUCUCUCUCUCGCUCUCUUAUAAAUUAGAGAAUUUGGGAGAAUCUCUCACUAUCAGUAUCAGUUAGAAAAUUACUGCUUUUACUAUUGAUUCUUAAUCUUCAUCAGUUACAACAACGCCUCUUUCACUCCCCCUCUCUCUCUCUCUUCAAUUUUCCUGUUUUUCACCUUUUUCUUCCACAAAUUCUUCAUUUUUCUCACUCCAUUUUUUUGCUGGUUUAGUUUUUGAGUUUUUGUCGAUCUUCAUGUUUCAUCACUGCCACUCUCUCUCUCUACACUGAAAAAAAAAUGAGUUCAAGACAUUUACCCAUCAAAUACUCAGAGCAGAAAAUCGUCACCACAAAAUUCCUCCCAUGCAGCGGCGCCGCCGCCGCCGCCACCGCGCCCUACCACCCGCCGCGCGUCGUGAGGAUCUUUGUUACCGACGGCGACGCCACCGACUCCUCCGGCGACGAGUGCGAUCACAGCUGCGGGCGCCAGGUCCGCCGCCACGUCAACGAGAUUAGGCUAGAGAGAGAAAACACCGCCGCCGCCGUCAAAAAAGCCGCUACAGAAGGCGCCAGGAAGAAAAAGAAGCGGCCGGCGCCGGCGAGGCCGGGGGCGGGGAACGAGGAAGGGAAGGGCAAGAAAUUCCGCGGCGUGCGGCAGCGGCCGUGGGGGAAAUGGUCGGCGGAGAUCCGCGAUCCGGCGCGGCGGGCGAGGGUUUGGCUGGGGACGUUCGACACGGCGGAGGAGGCCGCGAUGGCCUACGAUAAGGCGUCGAUCGAGAUACGCGGCCCCGACGCCGUCACCAAUUUCCUGAAACCGCCGCAGCGGGAGGCGGAGGAGACGACGGUCGCCGAGGAAUGCUCCCGCAAGGAGGAGGGCUACGGCUCGCCGAUUUCGGUUUUGGGGUUUUUGGGGUUUAGGGGAAAUGAUCUGAUGAAUGAUAAAUUCGAAGACGAGGUUUUGAUGGACGAAUCUCUGCCGUUGGAUCGUUCCUUCUUGGACGACUUCGAUUCUCUGCCGUUGAUCUGCGAUGAGAUUAGUGUACCUAAAUUAGAUAUUGAUGAUUUCGCGUCGUUGCCUUGGGAUUUUGUCGAUGGUUUAUUGGUAGAUGAUUCUAGCUUCACUUAAGCGACGUCGUAUCUUAAAAUUAUUGUGCUACUUUUUUGAACUCAGGAAGAAAAAUAUCAAAAUAAAUGUUUAUAAGUUA